AUGGCGGCCGUCGACGACCCGCGCGAGGUGUCGCGAACUUUCUUCGUCGACGGACCCGUAGGUACCGGAAAAACUACGCUGUACGGAUGCCUGAUAUGGUCGCUUCGGCACCGACCACAGCCGCUGGAGAUGAUGUGCGUCGCGUACACCGGCAUCGCCGCGUCGCUCAUGGACGGCGGCAUGACGGUGCACUCGACGUUCGGACUGCCGUUCGGCACGCUGACCGAAGACUCGACGUCCACCGUCACCAUGCAGUCCGAGCGAGCGCGGAAGAUCCGCAACGCGGCUCUCAUCGUCUGGGACGAAGCCCCUAUGUCGCCGGGACUGCAACUGACGGUGGUGGACCGCCUGCUCAUGGGAUGUCAUGGUGUCGGCGGUAAAACCAUGCUGUUCGCCGGCGACUUCAGACAGAUAUUGCCCGUGGUCCGGAGAGGGACGAGAGUCGAUAUCGUCAUGUCGUCGAUCAAGGAAAACGGUCUUUGGAGCGUCAUGGAGCGCUUCAAUCUG